AUGACAGAGAAUUCAGAAGAUGAAAUAAAAUUCGAUGAGAAAUCUUUUGAUCCGCCAAUUUGGAAAUUGAAGCGGUAUCAAAAUGCCCUGCUCGUUUUUUGGGGAUUUGCGGCUGUUUACGCGCUCCGGGUUAACCUAUCCGUCGCUAUUGUACAAAUGGUGCCGCCGGUUAAGAAUUCAACCAAAGGAGAAUGCGCGAAUUCCUCUUUUACGACUCCUCAAGUUUCCUAUUCAAAACCAAACGAUCCGACUUACGAUUGGACUCCCGAACAGCAAGGGAUUAUUCUUGGGACCUUUUUUAUGGGUACAUCACUACGCAAAUCCUUGGCGGAUACCUAG